GCUUUCUCGAGUUGUCGAGUUGUCGAGUGAUACACGGCCGUGCCACACCAUUUCUGACUGGGUAGAUCAUCACGGGGUCAUUCCAAACCCAUAACGUAGCCUGUCGACACCCACUAAAGCGUCACGCAACACUAUUUACCUUGCUUAUCGUAGGCUAUUUAUUGCCUUCGAACAUCUCAAUUACCCAUCAACCGAGGCUCGUCGUUGACGAGCAUCUCCCGAGCCAACAUUUUAAACCGACAAGAUUCCUCCCACAACGAGAAAGCGGAAAGCCGCUGAGGCGAAGAUAGCUGCGGACACUGGCGAGGCCCUUCCUAACAAGAGAGUCCUCGCCCCAGCAGCUGCUGAAGACAACGCGGCACCGCCCACCCCCAUCACCGGUAUGGAUUCCGACGAGGACUUCGUGUCGACUGUCUCUAGUGGGGACGACAUGAUGCAGGAUGAGAGCGAUAAUGAUGAUUUGUCUGGAGCCGAAGACUUCGAUGUAUUCGAUGACGAACCCGACGAUAUACCCGGUAUUCCCUCGCAAAAGUCCGACAAGAAGAAGGGAGUGUCUUUCGACAUCAGCUAUAGAGUAUACACCCCACACGAUAUUCAGGACCAACAAGAAGAAAUGGUAAAUGAAGUAAAUAUGAUCUUAGAGAUGAGCAAGGAGGAUGCCGCCAUAUUACUCCGAUACUUUCGUUGGAAUAAGGAACGAUUGAUCGAAGACUAUAUGGAUAACCCUACCAAGGUUUUAGAGGCUGCGGGCCUGGGUUUUAGCUCUUCUAGCCCUCCUAAACUUCAGGUCAUACCAGGAUUUAUGUGUGAUAUUUGUUGCGAGGACGAGGCGGGGCUUCAAAGUUUUGCGAUGAAGUGCGGCCACCGAUAUUGCGUCGAUUGCUACCGACAAUAUCUGACACAGAAAAUUCGCGAGGAGGGCGAGGCAGCCCGCAUCCAGUGUCCUGCCGAAGGGUGCAACCGUAUCAUCGAUGCUCGAUCGCUCGAUUUACUUGUGACUUCUGACUUGGCCGGUCGAUAUCAAGAGUUACUCAACCGAACUUAUGUCGAAGACAGGGAUGUACUUAAGUGGUGUCCCGCGCCUGAUUGCGAGAACGCCGUCGAGUGUGCUAUUAAAAAGAAAGAUCUGGAUAAGGUGGUGCCGACUGUUGCUUGCGCCUGUGGCAAUAGGUUCUGCUUUGGUUGUAUCUUAAACGACCAUCAACCGGCUCCUUGCGAACUGGUUAAGAGGUGGUUAAAGAAAUGCGCCGAUGAUAGCGAAACAGCAAAUUGGAUUUCAGCGAACACCAAAGAGUGCCCCAAGUGCAACUCCACGAUCGAGAAGAAUGGAGGGUGCAACCAUAUGACAUGCAGAAAAUGCAAACACGAAUUCUGCUGGAUGUGUAUGGGACUCUGGUCGGAACAUGGCACAAGCUGGUACAACUGUAACAGAUUCGAGGAGAAGAGCGGUACAGAGGCACGAGACGCCCAGGCUAGAUCCCGAGUAUCUCUCGAGCGAUAUCUCCACUACUACAACCGGUAUGCCAACCACGAGCAGUCGGCGCGUCUCGACAAGGACAUCUACCAGAAGACGGAGAAAAAGAUGGUGCAGCUGCAGACGGCUUCGGGCAUGUCCUGGAUCGAGGUUCAAUACUUGAACUCGGCAUCCCAAGCCCUGCAGACUUGUCGACAGACGCUGAAGUGGACUUACGCUUUUGCCUUUUACCUAGCCCGAAACAACCUGACGGAGAUUUUUGAGGAUAACCAAAAGGAUCUAGAACUUGCGGUCGAGGCUUUAUCUGAAAUGUUUGAGAAACCUAUCUCGGAGUUAUCGGAGUCUAAACUGAAAGUUGAUAUUAUGGACAAGACGGCGUAUUGCAACCGUCGCCGGGUUAUCUUGUUGGAAGAUACGGCAGACAACUUAGCUAAUGGUCGGUGGACUUUCAAUGUAGAUUUGAAGGGUAACGCUCCUGGAGCUGGCGGGGUCAGCUCUCGCGGAUAAAUUGUAUUGUAAGCAUAGAUAGAUGGCGAUCAUGGGCGGCGUUCUGGCGCAUAUUGUGUUUAUGCUCUCUUGCCAAUUUAUCACGUACGCCAUUCCAGCGCAUUCUCUUGCAGACACGAAUGCCACUACGCGUACCAUCUCAUCUACAUAUACGAGUCCAUCUUGAUCGGUUUCGUCUAUACCUCGACCCCCUCUCAGCAGUAUUAGGGUACUAGGUAAUCAUGGGAAUCGGAUAUCCAUGAAUUACACCACUCGAGAAUGAAGCUCAUAUCUAACUAGCAUAGUCCCGUAUCCUAAUACAUAGCAACAUUCAUCCCAUAA